UGCAGCCAAAACCUUUCUUUUCCUAACUCAGCAGCAGCGUUUCUCUUCCAUGAAGGAACGAAAACAGAAUAGAGAGGGAGAAGGACUUAGCGCCGCCGGCUGGGUACUGCCGCCGUGAUCGCCAGACUGCCGCACGCGAGGAGCUCCGCCGUCGAAGUCGCCCCGUUCAUCCCUGCCCAGUCGCGGUUCUGGCACCCAUCACCCCAUUCCGUCGCUGGAGAUCUCGGAGCCGCCGCUCGUUGCUCCAUCCUUGUCACCACCACUGCCUCUAUGUCUCCCAACGGCGCCACCAUCGCUGCCGUGGAUCGCGACCAGAGGGGAGCACGAGAUCGAGAGAGAGUGAGGCGUGGAGACGGCGUCGCGCGGAGAGGGACUCGUCACUGCCGUCGCGCACAGCCAUGUGUCGUCACUGCCGUCUGAACAGUCGCCGUCGCCCUGGGGUGUAGUCCGCCGCUGCCGCCAGUGGGGGGUCACUACUGUGGAACGGAGGUGAGAGAGGGAAGCAAGAUGGAUUCCCUCCGCUUCUGGUGCUUUGGUUCGCCGCCACUGCCGCCGGAAUCCUUGGCCGUCGCUCCUACCGUUGCUCCAUUUGGGUUCUGGGUGAGCGCGCUGCCACUGCCUUUGGAAGCCGCUGCUUGGGCCAGGAUGCUAUGGUGGUUGCUAAUGAAGCCGCUGUGGAUGGGGCUGCCAUGUUCAGUAAAUUCUGCGAGUUUCGACACUGAGCUGCUGUUAUUAGAUAUUCAGACCGCCGUUGUCGCCCAAAAGUUAUUGAUGGAGCUGCUGCCGGGCCGAUUUGAUGUUGCGGCUGCUUUAUUUCGUUAAUACAGUGAGUGUUUCUGUUUCGAAAGCCCUGCGCUAGUGUUCUUUUCCGUGUAACAAAGUAAUUGUACUGUUAAUGGUUUUAGGAGUUAGAAUCCAGUUUCCUUGUGCCGUUUGUAGCUGUUUCUGCUUUGAGAGAGCAAGCAGAGCCAGGAUUUUGGUUGAUCGGUGAUUUUGGGCUGAGCGAAAAGGAGUCAGUUAACGCAUUUGGGGUUAUGGUUUGCGUUUUGAGGUAGGGGUGCUUUCCAAAAACUAUGUUUUAUGUAUUGGAAUUAUUAUAUAUGGAUACUGAUGUGAGAUAUUGUGUAUUUGGUGAUUGUAAUUGCCUUAUGUAUUAUUUGAUUGACUCGAAUGAUUAUGGAUGUUGGUUUGGCUGAAUUGUUGUGCGGCUUUGUGAAAUGUAAUGUUUUAAAGUUGAUUCUUUAAAGAUUUGAAAUCUGAGUUUAAACCGUUGAGGAUUGGUUGGAUUGAGCCAAUUAUUUUAAUGAAGUGAAAAGUCGAAUGCACUUUCGAAUUUAGCAUGGUUUAUUUUAAUUGAUUUGGUUUUGGACAAAUGAUUUGUUAUUGAACCGUUUCUUUAAAGCUUUAGAAAUGAGUUAUAUCGAUUGAUAUUGAGUUGAUUUUGAAAUGGUAUCCUUGAGAUACGCCACUGAGGCGAUUGUUGGAUUUAGCUUGCUUUAAAUUGAUUUCUGGUUUUGAGCUGUUGAAAAGGAAUGAGAAAUGGUUUAGUUGGGACCCGAACCGGGUGGCAAAAGUCCAAGCUUUAGGGGAGGUGCUGCCAAAAUUUCUGCAAAAUCCUAGUCUUAUUUGAAAAGUUAUUUAAAAAAGGGUUAGAUUUGAGAAAUUGUAUUAUUUGAUUUAUCAAGAGGAUAUUUAUGUUUUCAAGCUUAAUUUAUUUAAUGAACCUUAUACGUUGAGUUCGGCUUAUUUAGAACUGAACUAUUUUUACCGUUUGAAUCACUAAAGGAAAGAAUGAUGCUCUAAUAGUGAUUUUAAUAUAAAAAGGAGUUUUUAGUGAUUUCAAAGGAAUCUAGACUUUUGAUUGAUUAAUCAAGUUUGAGGCAUUUUGGAAGAGUUAGAAAAAUGGGUUCUAAAACGAAACCUGAAAGUGGUUUGAUUCAAAUGAACCGGUUCCGUUUCAAAUGAGUUUAUUUCUGGACCGGGUUGGAACUUGUGAUUUUGUAUGGCCGGUUUUAUAGUAAAUUCAGUUUUAUUUACUUGAACCGAGAAAUCUAUGAUUUUAAGAGUUUCAAUGAAUCUUAAAGAAUUGAUAUAGAUUGACCUUCCCUAAAGACUUGGAACUUUUUCGGGAAACUUUUGUUAUAAAAUCCCAUUGUUGGAUGGGUGAUUUUGAAUGUUCCCAAAAUGAAUCUUUAACUUUCCAUGGUUUUGGAAGUUUUGGAAAGAGAAUGCUGAGAGUGGCUUUGUUUUAAAAAGGGAACUCACUUUGAGUAAAUUUGGCUUAUGAGCCUGAGAUGAUUUGAGAAGUGAGAUCUUUAAAGCCAAGGCUGAAAAGAGUUGAAAU